UCGAAGAUGGCCGCCGAGCCGGGCGGCGGGCGCCCCUGGUCUUACCUCUGUGACCGGCCGCUGCUCGCCGCUUUUACCGCCGCGCUGCUGCUGUUGGGCUGCGGCCGCGCCGCCGCCGUUUUUCUCUCCUCCUCCUUGUCCUGUCACCACCGCGUGCCCAGCGACGAGGAGGUUGUCUAUCAAGUUCCUCUGAAGGAAAAUCAUGUCUUGAAGAGAAAUGUGGAUCAACAGCUAAGAAUUAAGAUUAUAUAUGACAGAAGUGUUGAAGAUUUGCUACCUGAGAAAAGACACCUUAUAAAGAACAAACUUUUUCCACAAGCUAUAUCUUAUUUGGAGAAGACAUUUCAAGUGCGUAAAGCCACGGGUACUAUAUUACUAAGCAGGCAGUGUGCAACAAACCAGUAUUUAAGGAGGAAAGCUGACCCUCACAGAUACUGCCAAGGAGCCUGCGCAGACCAUACAAGAUGUGGGCCAGUUAUAGUUCCUGAGAAUCACCUCCAGCAAUGCAGGGUGUACAAAGAGAAUGAAUGGCACUGUGGACCCACUGGCUUACCUGACCAAGAAGGGGUUCGAGAUGCUGACUUUGUACUUUACGUCAGCGCUCUCACUACUGAAAGGUGCGGCCAUGAAAAUAUCAUCGCGUAUGCGGCCUACUGCCAACUGGAAGCUGAAAUGGACAGGCCAAUAGCAGGAUAUGCUAACUUGUGUCCAAACAUGAUUUCAACGCAAGCUCAGGAAUUUGUUGGCAUGUUGUCUACAGUGAAACACGAGAUUAUCCAUGCACUGGGUUUCUCUGCUGGACUGUUUGCAUUUUACCGUGACGAUGAUGGUAAACCUUUGACAACAAGAUAUGCAGACGGAUUCCCUCCUUUCAAUGAAAGUCUAGGUUUAUAUCAGUGGAGCAAUAAAGUCGUUCAUAAAGCAGUGAGAUUAUGGGACAUACGUGGUGGCAAAAUGCUGCGCCAUGCUGUUUACCUUCUGAUAACACCUCGUGUAGUUGAAGAAGCUCGAAAACAUUUUAAUUGUCCAAUUCUGGAGGGAAUGGAACUUGAAAAUCAAGGUGGCAUGGGUACUGAGCUCAAUCACUGGGAGAAGAGAUUGUUGGAGAAUGAAGCAAUGACUGGAUCCCAUACACAGAAUCGAGUCUUUUCCAGGAUCACCUUAGCGUUAAUGGAAGACACAGGCUGGUAUAAAGCAAAUUACAGCAUGGCAGAGAAAUUAGAUUGGGGACGCAAUAAAGGCUGUGACUUUGUAAUGAAGAGCUGUAAAUUCUGGAUCGACCAAAAGAGACUAAAGAGACAAUUAAUCAGUCCAUACUGUGACACUUUGAGGAGUAAUCCUUUGCAGUUAACCUGCAGACAGGACCAAAGAGCAGUAGCAGUGUGCAACUUGCAGAAGUUUCCAAAGCAGUUACCUCAGGAAUAUCAGUAUUUUGACAAUCUUAAUGGAGUACCAUCAGAAGAAUUGCCUUAUUAUGGUGGCUCAGUAGAAAUUGCUGACUAUUGUCCCUUUAGCCAAGAGUUCAGUUGGCAUUUAAGUGGUGAAUUUCAACGCAGCUCAGACUGUAGAAUAAUUGAAAACCAACCAGAUCCUACCAAAAACUAUGGUGCAGAGAAAUACGGACCAAACUCUGUAUGUCUUAUUCAGAAAUCUGCUUUUGUCAUGGAACAGUGCAGGAGGAAACUCAGUUACCCUGACUGGGGUAGUGGAUGUUACCAAGUUUCUUGUUCUCCUCAAGGGCUGCAUGUUUGGGUCAUGGACACUGUGUACUUGUGCAGCCGUUCAGGUCAGGUAUUAACUGUGAGCAUUCAAAUGAAUGGCUGGAUACAUGUCGGGAAUCUGAUUUGCCCAGCCUGUUUGGACUUCUGUGACUCCUGUCCUCCAGAGCGGGAUCCUCCAGCUUCUAACUUAACAAGAGCUGCACCAAUUGUAACAAGAUCCAUUAUGCCAACUGUGUUAGACUACCUGGCAACUCGGUCACGAUUUGAAAUGAGAACUCUUCUGUAAUAGAACUGAGGGUUGUUUUUCUAUUAUGUCCUCUGUGUGACUGGUAGCAAAGCAGCCUCAAACUGGAAGUUAUACCUCAGUGGUUUACUCAAAAGCCAUGUAAAAAUCAGUUGUCAUCACUGCUAACAACCCAGGCCUAAACAGGUGUGGGAAUCUUUGUUUGUUUUGUCAAUUCUUACAAUUUAUGGGGGAAAGAAAUAAUUUAAUGGGAUGGACCAGUGGUUGGCAGUUGUCUCCACACCUGGAUUCUGCAUCUUUGAGGCUUCUCAGAAUGCAUAUUAGUUUGUGGUAAAGCGGCUAAUUCUCGGGGUUCAUUUAAACCUUCCUACAUGCAUGAAGUGGAAUUUCAGGCUGGUAACCAAGACAACUGUCUAGAAAUCCCAUUCUUAUUUAGCAUGUGCCAGUUCUACUGUGAAAUUUAAUACAUCAAAUGUUUGAAUAUUCUCAGAGUAAUUUGCUAGUCAAAUGCACUUCAGUACUGACACCCAGUCUGUAAAAUUGGGGUAGUUUUUCCAAUUAUUUUUACCUUUGAUUUGUUUCUUAAAUAAUGGCAUUAUUAUUUUUUUAAAUAGUAUAAACACAAAUGCGGUUGUUCUCACUUUUUGUUGAAGGGCAAGCCAGUAGCAAUGGCAGCUAUAAUCUUACAGGACCGUAUUGACUUCUCUAGACCAAAACCUAUAUUGAAUGUGCAUAGAAAAGUCUAAUAUGUCUUUUUUUUUUCUCCACUUUUUCUUGGACUUAUUACUCAAAUAAUCCAUAGUAUUUAUAAGUUGAGAAUCAGACAUUUUGAACCACACGAGGGCACAAUUUGGUACAAAAUUAAUCACUUGAUGGUCAAAAUAUAGAAGAGGAAGGAAAUUAACAAAAUCUGUCUAAGGACAGCUGCUUUAUAGGACACUUGUAAGGAUGUUUUUAUUUGUUUCUGAGUCUAUAAUGUGUUACAAAUAAUCCUGUUCGGAGUAAAAGAGACACGUGGUCCAAUCCAUUGUCUGUCCUGUUAGGAUAAUUUUCAUUCUUGGAAAAGUGUUAAACUUGUGGGAGCAGAUGUGCCCAGUGCACUAAAAAAUGCAAAUAUAUGGAGAAAUGUGCUGUGAUGUUAGAAUUGUCAGUGACUAGAUCCCUUUCUAAAAUGAAAAGUAGGGGGCUGAAAGGGAUAGGGAGUAAAACUCCUAUAGCUACAAUUAAACUUGUUUAAUGAUGGGACUUCCAUGGUAAUUGUAAAAAAAUCUUUGUGCCUACUGGACUUGGGUUUAUUUAUUUAUUUAUUUAAAGAAACUCUUAUGACACUGCUGAGGUGGGUAAACUGCAACCUAAACCUUCUGAAGACAUUGCGGUUGAGAGCGUGCCUUGCACUGGGCUAGUUCCCCUUCUUAACUGCAGGUUAAGUUUGCUUCGAAUUUUACAAGGCCUAGGCUAGCCUUAAGUAGGUGUUUCUGAGAAGCAAUACAAAUUAGGAAUCAAAUGCUUUAAAUGUGUACAAGUUUGAAUUAAGAAACACUCUGAUUAAUAAGUGAACACUGAUUAUUUUAAUAUAUGCACAAUCAACAGUCGGCGUAAAUUGAUUUCUCAAAAACAUGAAAGUUUGAGAAUACAUCUUAGGUCCCAGAGGCUGAUAUUGUAUUUUUUGUCUGUUGUGCAAUAAUACAGUUUAAAUGGUAUCACUCAACAACAAUGCUUUUGAUACUUGAAAAGAAAUUAUCAGUUAUUUUUUCUUACUGUGAAAUAUUUGCACUGUCUGAACUUUCUGGUUAACUUUAUAAUUGUUAAACUUUUUUACUGAUAUUUAUUUAUUGUGCUCCGUAUUUGAUAUGCUAGUCUCCUGUCUGUGUAAGUGUGAAAUUUGUCAUAUUUAAGUGAGUAUUUUUAUCUUCUACGCAGUUGUUUAUCUUGAGGGCUUUUCUUCUUUUAUUCUCUCUUCCUGAGAAUUUACUGAAAACUGAAAGAUGGCUUAAAAAGUCAAUGCUUACCUACUUCUGAAUUGUACGCAUUAAUUAAAGAAAGAGGCUGUAGUGCAUUGUACCUACAGGGAAAAAAUCUAUUUUCCUGUUAGAGCUCUUGUGGUCAGAUUCACCCAUACCUGCUGAGUAGCUGCAUCAGUGAAUCCAGUGAAGUAAAGCUCUUACUGCCUUAAUAAUCUGAGAUUUUAGUCAUAAUUUCUUUGACAUGCAGCCCUUCAGCCAGCUGUGAGCUGCAGAACUGGAUGUGACUUUGGGUAGUCGGGGAGGGAAAGUACUUUAAGUGGUCAAAAUCCAACAUGUUAUAUCCUGUCAGUGCGUUAGCAGCUGUAGUUGUGUUGGAAUUGCCGAGAAUUGUGUCAAGCUCAAUUUAAAGUGAGAAUUAAUUGGUGUCUGUCAGAGAGAAUAUUUCAGUAAAACUGACUACCUCAGUUCUGUUUGUCUUUGAGUUAAGCUUCUGGCCUGCUGUGAACUUCCAAAUCUUAAGAUGAAUUAAGUAAAAACAUGUCUUGGGUUUUUAAGAGCAAAAUAAAUACAGUAGGAAGCGUAAGCCAUUUUUGAGUGUAGAACACAGCUAAAAUUGUAGCUUAAGCCAAUUGGUUACGUAGCCUUAAGUGUAGUUUCCCCAGUAAAGGUUGGUAUUGGCUUUAAAUAAAUACAAAGUUUGCAGGCAGCUGCUUUAGUUGUCCUGACCAUAUUGUGGCAAGUCCAUCCUAUUGCAUCUCUUAACACGUGAAAACUUUGAAAUAUAGCCCAAAUAAUCCUUUGUGUUUUCAGCAGAGUAGACAGAGCAGCGGUAGCCCUGGAAAUAGCGCCAAGAGAUAAAUGAGUUAGCUUGUCUGUAGCAGAAACAUUUUCAGCAUAUAAUGUCUACAGUUUUAAUUUUUUAAAAACAUUCCGUGUUGGCUACGGAAGUAAAUUAGUCUU